AUGGAAAAGAAAAGAAAACAUACUUUAGAUUCAAGAUAUAUCAAAAAUAAGAAGGCAAUUCAAUUGUCAUAUCUUAUUGGAUUAGUUAAUCAAUUUUGUACUAUUACAUAUGAGAGACCCCGUAAGAAAUCAAGUACCACAAGACAAUUAUUUCAUAUAAAAAUAUUAAAUUUUAAGAAUGAAAAAUUUGAAAUUGAAGAGUAUUUAAAUAAAGAAUGCCAUAAAUAUUAUGAUAAAGUAAUUGCAUCAGGAUUAUCAAAGAAAAAUGCCACAAAAAGAUUUGAAGAUGAAAAAACAGUAAUAUUAUUUGAUAUGUUGAUAGAUAUAUUAUUUGAAUAUGGAUUUAUUAUUUUUACUUCAAAAAUGAGAAAUAAAGGAAAUAAAUCUAAAAUUGAUUUUAUUAAAGAAGUUUAUUAUCAUUCUACAUUAAUCGCUGAUGAAAAAGAAAUAAGUCUUCAAGGAACACUUAUCAAUGACUAUUUAUUUUCAAAAACAAAUAUUACUCAUAAAGAAUUUACAUUACAAAAAAGAGAUAAAAAUGUUAUCCAAUUUAUUAAAAAAAAUUAUUUAUAA